GUUUGCUUCAGUGUGGUCAUUCAUUCUGAAGUGAAGAGACUUUUCGUUAGGUUGUGUGUUACGAUAAAAGUUGUUCAAAUAGAAUUUUUUGUGUUUCUUUUUAUUUUAUUCUUGUAUUAAAUAGCCUUUCAUAAUGGCUGAAGGAAAAAGCCCAGAUGAUUUGGCUACUGCGAUCCUUCGUCGUAAGGACCGUCCCAACAGGCUCCUUGUUGAAGAGGCCGUCAGCGAUGAUAAUUCGGUCGUUGCCCUUUCACAAGCAAAAAUGGAUGAACUACAAUUAUUUCGAGGAGAUACCGUACUAUUGAAAGGAAAGCGUAGAAAGGAAACUGUUUGCAUUGUUCUUGCAGAUGAUACAUGCCCAGAUGAAAAGAUUAGAAUGAACCGUGUUGUUCGUAAUAAUUUGCGUGUACGAUUAUCAGAUGUUGUAUCCGUUCAACCGUGCCCCGAUGUUAAAUAUGGUAAACGUAUUCAUGUAUUGCCAAUUGACGAUACUGUUGAAGGACUUACUGGGAAUUUAUUUGAAGUUUAUUUAAAACCGUACUUUUUGGAAGCAUACCGACCAAUUCAUAAAGAAGAUGCGUUUAUUGUACGUGGUGGUAUGAGAGCAAUCGAAUUUAAAGUUGUCGAAACAGAUCCAGCUCCUUUCUGUAUUGUUGCACCAGAUACUGUUAUUCAUUGUGAAGGUGAUCCAAUUAAGCGUGAAGAGGAAGAAGAAGCAUUAAAUGCUGUUGGGUACGAUGAUAUCGGAGGCUGUCGAAAACAAUUGGCACAAAUUAAAGAAAUGGUUGAGUUACCAUUACGUCAUCCGUCACUAUUUAAAGCUAUCGGUGUAAAACCACCACGUGGUAUUCUUUUAUACGGGCCACCUGGUACUGGUAAAACUUUAAUCGCUCGUGCUGUAGCAAAUGAAACGGGGGCAUUCUUCUUUUUGAUUAAUGGACCCGAAAUUAUGAGUAAAUUAGCUGGUGAAUCUGAGAGUAAUUUACGGAAAGCAUUUGAAGAAGCAGAUAAAAAUUCACCAGCUAUUAUAUUCAUUGAUGAAUUAGAUGCAAUUGCUCCAAAACGUGAAAAAACUCAUGGAGAAGUCGAACGUCGUAUCGUAUCACAAUUGCUUACUCUUAUGGAUGGUAUGAAGAAGAGUUCUCAUGUAAUUGUUAUGGCCGCUACAAAUCGUCCAAAUUCAAUUGAUCCUGCUCUACGUCGUUUUGGUAGAUUUGAUAGAGAAAUCGAUAUUGGUAUACCAGAUGCAACUGGUCGACUAGAAGUUUUGCGUAUUCAUACUAAAAAUAUGAAACUUGCUGAUGAUGUUGAUCUACAACAAAUUGCUGCAGAAACACACGGUCACGUUGGUGCUGAUUUAGCAUCAUUGUGUUCAGAAGCUGCAUUACAACAGAUCAGAGAGAAAAUGGAUUUGAUUGAUUUGGAGGAUGAUCAAAUUGAUGCUGAAGUAUUAUCAUCUUUAGCUGUUACCAUGGAGAACUUCAGAUAUGCAAUGACUAAAAGCAGUCCUAGUGCAUUACGUGAAACUGUUGUUGAAGUUCCUAAUGUUACAUGGGAAGACAUUGGUGGUUUACAAAAUGUCAAAAAAGAACUUCAAGAAUUGGUUCAAUAUCCAGUUGAACAUCCAGAUAAAUUCCUUAAGUUUGGUAUGCAACCAUCACGAGGUGUAUUGUUUUAUGGACCACCCGGUUGUGGUAAAACUUUGCUUGCGAAAGCUAUAGCAAAUGAAUGUCAAGCCAAUUUUAUUUCGGUAAAAGGUCCUGAAUUAUUAACGAUGUGGUUUGGUGAAUCUGAAGCAAAUGUUCGAGAUAUUUUCGAUAAAGCACGUUCUGCAUCUCCAUGUGUUCUAUUCUUCGACGAAUUAGAUUCAAUUGCUAAAUCACGUGGUGGUAAUGUAGGCGAUGCUGGUGGUGCAGCAGAUCGUGUUAUUAAUCAAAUUUUAACUGAAAUGGAUGGUAUGGGAGCUAAGAAAAAUGUUUUCAUUAUUGGAGCUACAAACCGACCAGAUAUUAUUGAUCCUGCUAUUCUUAGACCGGGAAGAUUGGAUCAAUUAAUUUACAUUCCGUUACCCGAUGAAAAAUCUCGGGAAGCUAUUUUCCGUGCAAACUUACGUAAAUCACCAGUAGCUGAUGAUGUUGAUUUAGUAUAUAUUGCAAAAGUCACUCAUGGAUUUUCUGGUGCUGAUUUAACUGAAAUAUGCCAACGUGCAUGUAAAUUAGCAAUUCGACAGUCAAUUGAAUCAGAAAUUCGCCGUGAACGUGAAAGGGCAAACACUCAAAAUCUAGCAAUGGACAUGGACGAGGAGGAUCCUGUUCCAGAAAUCACUAGAGCUCAUUUUGAAGAAGCUAUGCGAUUCGCACGACGAUCAGUUUCGGACAACGAUAUUCGUAAAUAUGAAAUGUUUGCACAAACUUUACAACAGUCUCGAGGAUUUGGUACCAAAUUCAGAUUCCCAAAUCAAGCCGGACCAAAUACAUCCCAGGGUGGAACUGGCGGUGAACAAGGCAACUUCCAAGAUGAUGCCGAUGACGAUCUAUAUAGUUAAGUGUGUAUUUUUUAGUCCAUAGUACUUCGGUUUGCACCCGUCUAUAAUAUUAACAAACAAAAAACAUCAUCUCAGCAAAAAACAAGAUCGCUAAUCAUCUUUAAUCAUUUACCAAAAAAGAAUAAAUAAUUAAUCAGAAGUGCGCAUGGAAUACUUUUUUAAAUAAAAUAAAAUAUAU